AUGGGUUGCUAUAAGGAAACUAAAAUGUCACUGAACGAUAAUCAAGACCAUAAAGACAAAACUGUGGAAGAACAGAAUGGCAGACAAGGUGACAACAAGUCCUUGUUCCCUUUACAGCUUCUCACCCUCCCCAGUGUCGCUUCUCCUUCGAAUAGGGAUGGAGGCACAAACCUUCCUGAUUCCGCAGCCGAUGAAAAGGCGCCCGGCCUUGGCAGCGCAGUGGCCUGCUUCGGUUUUCUGCGCCUGCCGACGCGUGACCCUGCGCGCUGGUGUCGCGGCGCCCUGGGCGCCGGUGCCAGCACCCAGGAGCCUCCGUCCCCGCGCGCCGCCGCAGCGUCCUCGCCGCGCACCCCGCCGCGGAUGCUCGCGAGAAGGCUGGUCGCCAUGGCGGGGCCGCUCAAGUCCGUGGACUACGAGGUGUUCGGCAGAGUGCAGGGUGUUUGCUUCAGAAUGUAUACAGAAGGAGAAGCUAAGAAAAGAGGUGUGGUUGGCUGGGUGAAGAAUACACGCACAGGCACCGUGACAGGUCAGGUGCAAGGCCCUGAAGAAAAGGUCGAUUCCAUGAAGUCCUGGCUGAGCAAAGUUGGGAGUCCGAGUUCUCGCAUUGACCGGGCAGACUUUUCUAAUGAAAAAACCAUCUCUAAACUGGAAUACUCUGACUUCAGCAUUCGAUAUUAAUGGAGGAGAAAUAUCAAAUGCAAUGCUUACAUUGUAGAAAAUAAAACAUAUUCUUAAGUUUAUAAUAGUAGGAGAAUAGUAUUAAAAAUGGAAACUUUCUGUUCUGGAAACUAUGGAAUUAUACAUUACUAAAAUGUCUGAAACUGAAAAAAUCCACUCAGCUAUGUUUUUAGCAAGUAGAAACCAAAUAUUAUUUUAAAAUGUGAUUAUGAAAUAUCUGAUAGGAACAUUUAAGUGAAAUAUUGGCUUAUGGGGUUAUUAAUUUCAGAAAACAUUCAAUGUACAUGUUAUUUGGCUAGACAUGAAAUAAAAUUAACUAUCUAAAAUUACCUUUGUGAACUGUUGCCUAAUAAAGCUGAAUUUUAAUGUC